CAGCGUGAGUCCCAGAGAUACUGAGGAGUCGCAGGUGAUGUGGGAGCCGGACACCCAACGCAAAAACACCUCAUGGACCGGUUCCGGCCGCGUGGCAGCCAGCUACGGGAUCCGCCUGGCCAACUAUGAUGACUUAUACCAGUGGUCAGUGGAAUCCUACUCAGACUUCUGGGCAGAAUUCUGGAAGUACAGUAACAUCGUAUGCUCUCGCCUGUAUGAUGAGGUGGUUGAUACAUCCAAAAGUAUUGCAGAUGUCCCGGAAUGGUUUAAGGGCAGCCGUCUGAACUAUGCAGAGAAUCUCCUGAAGCACAAGGACAAUGACAAGAUUGCACUGUAUGCAGCAAGGGAAGGCAAAGAAGAAAUCUUGAAAGUUACUUUUGAAGAACUGAGACAAGCUGUAGCUUUGUAUGCUGCAGCCAUGAGGAAGAUGGGAGUAAAAGCAGGAGACAGAGUUGUUGGUUACUUACCAAACAGCAUCCAUGCUGUGGAAGCAAUGCUGGCUGCUGCGAGCAUCGGUGCAAUCUGGAGCUCCACAUCACCAGACUUUGGCAUUAACGGUGUGCUGGAUAGAUUUUCCCAAAUUCAACCUAAACUUAUAUUCUCUGUUGAAGCUGUAAUAUACAAUGGCAAAGAGCACAAUCACUUGGAAAAGCUGCUGAGAGUGGUAAAAGGGCUUCCAGAUCUAAAAAAAGUGGUAGUGAUUCCGUAUGUCUCGUCAAGAGAAACCAUAGAUAUUUCCAAGAUUCCAAACAGUGUCUUUUUAGAAGACUUUUUGGCUACUGGGAAAGGAGACCAGGCUCCCCAGCUGGAGUUUGAGCAGCUGCCUUUCAGUCAUCCUCUCUUCAUCAUGUAUUCAUCAGGCACAACAGGGGCACCAAAAUGCAUGGUGCAUUCAGCAGGGGGCACACUAAUACAGCACCUGAAGGAACACAUUCUUCAUGGCAACAUGACCAGCAGUGAUGUGAUUAUGUACUACACAACGACUGGCUGGAUGAUGUGGAAUUGGCUAGUGUCUGCACUUGCUACAGGAGCUUCAGUGGUCCUGUAUGAUGGAUCUCCUCUAAUUCCUUCACCAAAUGUGCUCUGGGACUUGACUGACAGACUAGGGAUCACCAUCCUUGGAACGGGUGCAAAAUGGCUGGCUGUGCUAGAAGAGAAAAAUUUAAAACCAUGUGAAACACACAAUCUCCAAACACUCCACACUAUCUUGUCUACAGGAUCACCACUCAAAUCUCAAAGCUACGAGUAUGUCUACAAACACAUAAAAAGCAGUGUCCUCCUGGGAUCCAUUUCAGGUGGAACAGAUAUCAUUUCAUGUUUCAUGGGUCAGAAUGUUACAGUUCCAGUUUACAAAGGAGAAAUUCAGGCCAGAAAUCUUGGAAUGGCUGUAGAAGCGUGGAACGAUGAAGGAAAACCAGUUUGGGGUGAAAGUGGAGAGCUGGUUUGUACCAAGCCUAUUCCCUGUCAGCCCACACACUUCUGGAACGAUGAGAAUGGAAGCAAAUACAGGAAGGCUUAUUUCUCAAAAUUCCCAGGUGUCUGGGCCCAUGGUGAUUACUGCAAAAUUAAUCCCAAGACUGGAGGAAUUGUCAUGCUGGGCCGCAGUGAUGGUACAUUAAAUCCAAAUGGAGUAAGAUUUGGAAGUUCUGAAAUCUAUAACAUAGUGGAAGCCUUUGAGGAGGUUUCUGAUAGCCUCUGUGUCCCUCAGUACAACAAAGAUGGGGACGAGAGGGUGAUACUCUUCCUGAAGAUGGCAUCAAACCACACGUUCAGCAAGAGCCUGGUGAAGAGGAUUCAGGACGCGAUCCGGAUCGCGCUCUCCGCCAGGCAUGUUCCCAGCCUCAUCCUGGAAACCAAAGGCAUUCCGUAUACAAUAAAUGGGAAAAAAGUGGAAGUUGCUGUGAAGCAAAUAAUUGCAGGGAAAGAAGUUGAGCAGCGGGGAGCUUUCUCAAACCCAGAGGCUUUGGACCUGUACAAAAAUAUUCCUGAGCUUCAAGACUAUUAAAGUCACUUAUUUGGGUU